UGGUUUGACAUUAAUGUCCAAGAUGUGUGUCUGCUCUACAGUUUAAUAACAAUAAUGGAUGAUGGCUACCAGGCGUUCGGGUAUACCCAACGCUAGUGAUAAUUCUCUUAUUUCUGACAUUGGCAGAGAAUUAUUUGAUGCUUGUCGUUAUGGUGAUGUUUCGAGAGUUAGAAAACUUGUAACACCUCAAAAUGUCAAUGCCAGAGAUGCUGCUGGACGGAAAUCAACUCCAUUACACUUUGCAGCUGGAUUUGGUCGUAGAGAUGUUGUUGAACAUUUGCUUCAGAAUGGAGCUAAUGUUCAUGCAAGAGAUGAUGGUGGAUUAAUUCCAUUACAUAAUGCUUGUUCCUUUGGCCAUGCUGAAGUUGUUCAACUGUUGCUGAAGCAUGGAGCUGAUCCCAAUGCCCGUGAUAACUGGAAUUACACACCUUUGCAUGAAGCAGCUAUCAAAGGGAAAACUGAUGUUUGUAUAGUCUUACUUCAGCAUGGUGCUGAUCCAGCUAUACGUAAUACAGAUGGGAAAACAGCUCUUGAUCUAGCUGAUCCAUCAGCUAGAGCUGUUCUUACAGGAGAGUAUAGAAAAGAUGAGCUUCUAGAAGCUGCACGUAGUGGAAAUGAAGAAAAAAUGAUGGCAUUACUAACACCUCUAAAUGUUAAUUGCCAUGCAAGUGAUGGAAGGAAGUCAACACCUUUACACUUGGCAGCUGGUUACAACCGAAUUCGAAUAGUUCAACUUCUUUUACAGCAUGGAGCUGACGUUCAUGCCAAAGACAAAGGGGGUCUAGUUCCUCUGCAUAAUGCUUGUUCAUAUGGUCAUUUUGAAGUCACAGAGAUUUUAAUCAAACAUGGUGCCAAUGUAAAUGCUAUGGAUCUGUGGCAGUUUACUCCAUUACAUGAGGCAGCUUCAAAGGCUCGUGUUGAAGUUUGUUCACUUCUUCUCAGUCAUGGCGCCGACCCCACCUUACUCAACUGCCAUUCCAAAAGUGCAAUUGAUGUAGCUUCAGCACGAGAUCUUCCUGAAAGACUUUCUUAUGAAUAUAAAGGCCAUUGUUUAUUAGAAGCAGCACGUCUUGCAGAUCCUGCACGGGUUAAAAAAUAUUUAUCUUUAGAUGUGAUUAAUUUUAAGCAUCCAUUCACUGGAGAUACACCUUUACACUGUUCAGUAAGUUCACCAUAUCCAAAACGAAAGCAUGUAACUGAAGUUUUCAUCAGAAAAGGAGCAAGCUUGAAUGAAAAAAAUAAAGAAUACUUAACACCUCUUCAUGUUGCUGCUGAUAAGUCUCAUUUUGAUGUAACGGAUGCUUUGCUUAAACAUGGUGCAAAAGUAAAUGCACUUGAUGGUUUGGGUCAGACUGCUCUGCACAGAUGCGCAAGAGAAGGAAAUGUGCAAGCAUGCAGAAUAUUACUUUCUUACGAUAUUGACACAUCUAUUAUUAGUUUACAAGGGUAUACAGCAGCUCAAGUUGCAAAUGAAAGUGUUCAGAAAUUACUGAGUGAGCCAACAACUGUAGGCAUCGAUAUUGAAUAUCAGCUUCUUGAAGCUGCAAAAGCAGGAGACAUGGAAGUUGUAAAGAGGAUAUUAGCUACUCAUUUACCUGUUGUCAACUGCCGAGAUGUUGAUGGUAGACAAUCUACUCCUUUGCAUUUUGCUGCUGGAUACAACAGGGUCUCUGUUGUGGAGUAUCUCCUACAGCAUGGUGCUGAUGUCCAUGCUAAAGAUAAAGGAGGUUUGGUUCCUUUGCAUAAUGCUUGCUCAUAUGGUCAUUAUGAGGUUGCAGAAUUGCUUGUAAAGUAUGGUGCCAAUGUAAAUGUUGCUGACCUCUGGAAAUUCACACCAUUGCAUGAAGCUGCAGCUAAAGGAAAAUAUGAAAUUGUAAAACUGCUUUUAAAGCAUGGUGCUGAUCCAACAAAAAAGAAUCGUGAUGGUCAUACACCUUUAGAUUUGGUUAAAGAAGGAGAUCAGGAUGUUGCAGAUUUGUUAAGAGGUGAUGCUGCUUUAUUAGAUGCUGCAAAGAAAGGUAACCUCAGUAGAGUUUUAAAAUUGGUAACACCAGAGAAUAUUAACUGCCGAGAUUCUCAGGGUAGAAACUCCACGCCUUUGCAUCUUGCAGCUGGUUACAAUAAUUUAGAGGUUGCAGAAUUCCUUCUGGAACAUGGAGCUGAUGUUAAUGCCCAAGACAAAGGAGGUCUAAUUCCUUUGCACAAUGCUUCAUCCUAUGGACAUUUAGAUAUAGCUGCAUUACUAAUAAAGUAUAAUACAGUUGUAAAUGCCACUGAUCGAUGGGGCUUCACUCCUCUCCAUGAAGCUGCUCAAAAGGGCAGGACACAGCUUUGUGCUUUGUUGUUGGCACAUGGAGCUGAUCCUACAGUAAAAAAUCAUGAAGGGCAAACACCAUUUGACUUGGCCACUGCUGAAGAUGUGAAGUGUUUGCUUGUUGAUGCCAUGCCACCUCCAUCAUUACCUCCAUCCACCAAAAGCAGUACUGUUGCAACCUCUGUGAUACCAGUUAUUGCUUCUUCAAGUAUUUCAACUCCAUCUACCAUUGCAAAUUUUCCUGUCAUUGGGUUGGAAGAUGAUAUUCCACUUUCAUUGAACUUACUUUCUUCUCAGAAGAUGCCUAAUGUAUCAGUCUCAGGAUCACAGCAUGGUGAUGGUUGUAUGGAUUUCGACAGAGCAGAAGCUCCAGAUCCAACAAUGGAGAAUAUCGGGAUUUCGGGUUUUCUCUCAAAUCUUGGCCUUGAUCAUUUAGCAGACAUAUUUGAGAAAGAACAGAUUACCCUUGAUAUUCUGGCUGAAAUGGGUCAUGAAGAAUUGAAACAGAUUGGUGUAAAUGCUUAUGGGCAUCGGCAUAAACUCCUGAAAGGAAUAGAAAAGUUGUAUACUGGCCAUAAUGCAUCUACAUUUAUGCCAAAUAAACCUGGCACAUUGUUGGUUGAACUCAGUCCAGAGGACAAAGAAUAUCAAGCAGUUGAUGAGGAAAUGCAAGCCACUAUCCGGGAGCAUAGAGAUAAUGGACAUGCUGGUGGUGUUUUUGCUAGAUAUAAUAUUUUAAAGAUUCAGAAAGUUAGGAAUAAAAAGCUAUGGGAGAAAUACUGCCACAGACGGAAAGAAGUUGCUGAAGAAAAUCACAGUCAAUCCAAUGAGCGUAUGUUAUUUCAUGGGUCUCCAUUUAUCAAUGCCAUUGUACAAAAAGGUUUUGAUGAAAGGCAUGCUUAUAUUGGAGGAAUGUUUGGAGCUGGAAUAUAUUUUGCUGAAAAUUCGUCUAAAAGCAAUCAAUAUGUGUAUGGAAUUGGAGGUGGCACUGGAUGUCCGGUCCAUAAAGAUAGAUCAUGUUAUGUAUGUCAUAGGCAAUUACUUCUAUGUCGAGUAACUUUAGGCAAAUCCUUCCUUCAGUUCAGUGCAAUGAAAAUGGCACAUGCACCACCUGGCCAUCAUUCUGUUAUAGGCCGUCCAAGUGUGGGUGGAUUAUCUUAUCCUGAAUAUGUCGUAUAUCGAGGAGAACAGGCAUAUCCAGAGUAUCUCAUUACAUACCAAAUAGCAAAACCAGAUGCUGAACCUCCUCCACCUCCUUCAUCAUGACCUUCUAGUAAAAUAGAUUAUGAAAUUUUUUCACCAUCUCUUUGAAUUAAAUGCAUCCAUUGCUUCCAUGCUUCCUCAAGGAAAAAUCUGGAUAUUAACACUCAGUCAAAAAAGAAGAAGAUAGUUCUAUAUCUUCAUUUCUACUUGGUUGAUUAAUGAAAUUCAGUUUGCGUUUUUCAUGUCUUGAAACCAUGACUUUAGAUAUAUAUAUAUAUAUAUAUAUAUAUUAG